UUCAAUUUAGUAUGUGAGUAACAUCGAAUGGAAACGAAUCGGACAUUUAACGGAUAAUAUCGAAUAAAUUUGUAAUCAUUUAUUGGCAUGAAAUAAUGCAAUAAAACUUAAACUUGACAAACGACAAAAUAUUUCGAAAAUAUUUUUUGAACAUUUUUUCGUUAUUAAUGUUUGAAUAAUUUGAUGUUGAUUUUUGUUUCAUUUUGCAAUUAUGUGAACUAAAGUUGUUGCUGUUUUUUUUGUUUUUGCUGUAAUUGUGACACACCAAAGUUUGAAUAAAAGCAAAAUUUAUAAGACAAAUGAGUGAAAACCUAAAGUGCAACCAUAGUCAUAAUAAGAUUUUGCAAUUACUAAAACAAUAGUGCAUGGUUGAAGACAUUGUAUAUUUGUGGAAACGUAUAUUUUAAACAAAAGCCUGCAUUGUCAACUUUAUAUUUUACAUAUUUGAUAAACAACAAAUAAAUCUUCAAGAAAAUGAAUGAACCAGGUGAAAUAUUACCAAUGCCAAACAUAUCGCAUCAGGAUUUCGAUUUAGCAGCCAAACGUAGACAAUUCCUAUCCCAACCGUCAACAGUCGCAUCGCGACGACAACAAGCCGUAUGUGUACGGCGAGCCUACAAAUCGUAUGGAUCCAAAAAGAAUCCGAAUUUGAUAUUAGAUGGACUGAAUAUGACCGUGCCAAAGGGAAGUAUAUAUGGACUUCUUGGUGCCAGUGGUUGUGGGAAAACGACUCUCCUGUCGUGCAUUGUAGGACGACGUCGUUUAUAUUCUGGUGAAAUAUGGGUGCUCGGCGGUCGGCCGGGUUCACGUGGAUCAGGAGUACCUGGUCCCCGAAUCGGUUAUAUGCCUCAAGAAUUAGCUUUAUACGGUGAAUUUACCAUUCAAGAAACCCUGAUCUAUUUUGGAUGGAUUUCGGGAAUGACAACGAAAGAAGUUGAGGAAAAGACUGACUAUUUAGUGAAGUUAUUACAAUUGCCUGACUCAUCAAGAUUCGUUAAAAAUUUGAGUGGGGGACAACAACGACGAAUGAGUUUAGCUGCAGCUUUGUUACACGAGCCGGAACUGUUAAUUCUUGACGAACCAACGGUGGGUGUUGAUCCUGUGCUAAGGAAAAACAUUUGGGAUCAUUUGGUUGAUAUUACUAGCACUGGCAAUCGAACCGUCAUUAUUACGACACAUUACAUUGAGGAGACGAGGCAAGCUCAUAUGAUUGGCCUGAUGAGAGGAGGGAAAUUUUUGGCUGAAGAAACGCCGCACUUUUUAUUAGAAAAAUAUCACUGUGAGUCAUUGGAGGAUGUGUUUCUAAAAUUGUCCGUUCUUCAAAACAUGGGGAAAAGACGAAGAUCGUCAAUCAUUCAAGAAGUUUCCGAACACGUUGCAGUGCCAGCAAUAUCGAAUCCCGUCAUUGAUAUAAGUGACGAGGACCACGGUGAAAUAUCUGGUGAAUUUGGGGACAGUACAUCAAUGUCGACUCGGGUCAAAGAUGUAAUAACCGCAUCUGAAGCACCUCAUCCACCAUUGCCACCAGAUGAAGAACCACCAGCAACGUUGAAAGAUUAUCUGAGCAUUUUUAAGCCACAUCACUUAAAGGCAUUGAUUUGGAAAAACUUUUUGUGGAUGUGGCGUAAUGUUGGUGUAAUGCUGUUUAUAAUCGGUCUACCGUGCUUACAAAUCGUACUUUUUUGUUGGGCAAUCGGUCACGAUCCAACUGGCUUGAAAUUGGCCAUAGCUAAUUAUGAACAAAAUUCUACAACUGAUCUGCAGUCUUGUCCCAUUUCUGACGGUUGUAAUUAUACAAUGCUGAGCUGCAGAUACUUGGAUAUACUUGCGAAAAAGAAAAUUCUUUGGGAAAAUUACGCCACAGAGGAGGAAGCCUUUCAUGAAGUGAGGCGCGGACGAGCAUGGGGUGCGUUGGUAUUUCCACGGAAUUAUUCAUCUUCAUUGGUCGAAAGAACCGAGUCUGGACGAUUUACAGAUGAUUGGGUAAUUGAAUCUUCGGAUGUGACUGUGCGGCUUGAUAUGUCCAACCAACAAAUCGGCACUCUGCUGUAUCGAGACAUUCAGUACGCAUUUUUCGAUUUUCUGGAAAAAAUGUUAACCGAUUGUGAUAUGAAUCCGGCUAUCGGUCGAAUACCCUUGAAAUGGGAGCAACCGGUCUACGGCGAUCAAGUGCCCAAUUUUACCGACUUUGCUGCGCCGGGUGUUAUACUGACAAUUAUCUUUUUCUUGUCGGUGGCAUUGACCUCUGGUGCAAUGUUAAUCGAACGUAAUGAAGGUAUGCUGGAGCGAUGUCUGGUCUGCGGUAUCACCGGAUUGGAAAUAUUAUUUUCGCAUGUUGUGACACAGUUUUUGAUAAUGUGUGGCCAGUCGUUUUUGGUGUUAAUUUUCAGUUUUUCCGUUUUCGAUUUGACAUUGAACGGCGAUACAACAUUGGUUGUUCUGCUGACUAUCCUGACCGGAUUAUGUGGAAUGUGUUUCGGUUUCGUUGUGAGCUCGGCUUGUGACAACGAACGUACGGCGACUUAUAUGGCCAUGGGAUCAUUUUUACCCAUUGUCAUGUUGUGUGGCAUAAUAUGGCCCAUUGAAGGCAUGUACCCCGGACUGAAGUAUUUUGCCUUUUUCCUACCGCUAACCCAGUCAACGGAGUGCUUAAGAUCGAUAACUCAACGAGGAUGGUCAAUUAGUGAACCAACGGUGUACGGGGGAUUUGUAUCGACUGGUAUUUGGGUGUUGGUAUUUUUAACGAUCAGUGUUUUGCUGCUCAAGUUUAAGAAGGGAUAGUGUGUGAUUCAAAGGUCUAAGUUAAUUUUUCAAUGGUUGAUUGACAGCUCUCUUACUUUUGUUAAAUGUGAUAUCGAAGAUAGUUCACAAAUUUUUUGUCGUUUAAGUAUAAAAUGCUGAUUUGUAACACAGUAAGGAGAUUUUGUUGGGGAUGGGGUUGUGAAACAUUGAAUUUUGUGAAUGUAACCGUUUUGGGAUUGCAAUGCCAAAAUCAAACAAACUUAUUUUCAUGACGGUGCCUUUACUGCAUAGCCUUAAAGUUCACAAUUUUAUAUUUUCUUGUAAAUAAACAAUGUUGAAACAUAAAAGCGUUCGUUUACCCCGUCCGGGCACAUCAUCGAAAAUUAUUUCUUUUGAGUUUAUCCUCUAGCCACGUAAAUGCAAAGAUUUGUAUUCGCAUCGUAUCUGGACAAUGGUGGACAAUCUCCUUUUAUGACUCGUUGUGCUCCACAUAGAGUCGGAUCGGUUGGUGCUGGGGAGAAGCCACUAGGGCACUCUGCAGCAGCAAAUCCAAAUAGGAAGGC